UAUAAAUACGGGCUGCCUCCCCUGGAGAAAGUCCGAUUGAGCAGAGCGAGUCAGACUAGGAAAGAGCAGAGCAGAAAAGUGUGACACCAGUUGAGGGGAAAGGGAGACGAAAAGCAGGAAAAACGACGAUUUUCACUUAGAACUGAUCUCUACGAGCUGCAGGACGCACCCAUCACCACCACCCAUCGUCAUCCAUCCACUUACUGGACUAAUCCUAAGACACGAUCCACUUUUCAGGGGAAUAAUCCCAUCAUAAUCAUCUCGCAGAACAACUGAGCGGUUUCUCAUCUCUUCCCAUCCAUCAACAUCAACCGUGAACCCACUCGGUAGCUUUACUGCUUGACAAGAGAUAUAUCACCACAAUCACCCGGAUAACAUAACAUGGAUAAGUCGGCAUUCGGCUUGGUACUCACCCUCCUCGUCUUUGUGAUCCUUUCCGCAGUGGCCACCCCCAUUCAGAAAAGGGGCAUCGAGGAGGACGGGGAGCCAUCAUCGAACAACAACCCUUCCCCACCACGGGCUAAACGUACCUUUUGCAAUGCUUUCACCGGAUGUGGCAGGAAACGGAAUGGUGGUGGCGGUGGAUUCAACCGUGACUACGUCGACUACUCGGAAGGUGGUGACCGAGGAAGCGUCGUCGAUUCUGAUUCUGAUUCCGGGAUGGAGGACGUGGCUCGGGAUAUUUUAGCGGAAGCGAGAUUAUGGGAGGCACUCCAGGCCAGAAAUUCCUUACGCCCACGACAACAGCAACGAAAUAAGAGUAGUGGUGGUUAUCGAGGUGAGAUGAGACGCCCGUUGGAGGAACAGCUUCCAAACUAAGGUGACCAGACCUCAACAUUCAUUACUACCAACAAACGAUCAAAAAAAAACAUAAACGGCGCGUGGAUAUCAUCGUCAUUCGUGAUACAAAAUUUGUAUGAGAAGAAAAAAAAACACUAUUAUUUUUAGACUAGUAAAAAAAAUCACCACACACUUUUAUCAGCCUGUCUCAAUUACAUUAGAAAAAAACAAAGCGAGCAAGCCGUAGUUUUUAGGAAAGUUUAGAAUAGUCAAAAAUUACUAAUUGUAUGCUAUGCACUUUAUUCUAAAAUAGUAGAAAAUGAUGAUUCAUAUGUAUAUGAAGGGGUAAGGAUGGAAACGGGGACAUAAGUAAUUUUGAUGCAUGACCAUACAAUCAACACACACGUUUUUUGCACAGUGUAUUUUGUACUUGGACACCUACUAAAAGUAUCCAUUUAGAGUAUGUAUGCAAGUUUCAUGUGCAAUUUUCAUCCUGGUUGUUAUUAAAUUCAUCAUAGUUUAUAAUACCAAAAUUAUUAUGAAAUGAAAUAUUGUAGCAGAAAAAAGCUGGGUCAACACGUUAUUUGAGACAGCAGCACGGAUUGUUAUUAUUCUUCUUGUGUAAACUAUGUAAUCAUGCACAUUUUAACGUAGUAAAUUUGCAAUUCUUCCCCA